ACGGUUUUACCCCACCACGUCAACAUCAACGCCCCGAGGCCAGAACCCUACCCACCCAUGGCGGCCUCGCUCCUCUCGCGCGCCGCCUCGGCCGCCUUCGCCCUCCGCGGCGGCGCCCGGCUCCUCCCCAAGGAAACCCCCCUUCCUCCUCCCCUCCUCCCGCUCCUCCUCAUCCUCCUCGCCACUGCCGCCGGCACGCUCCCCGCGGUCGUAACCCUGCCGCUGCAACCACCGCCUCGAUCCGCCAGGUCUGAUAGUGUUCGCCUCUCAGAAACUUGCAGGGCAGGGUCGGAUGGGCGCCGCUGCGGAGGUCGGGUGCGGGGCGUCGCUGUCGCCGUCAAUGACGCCGUUCGGGAUCGCCACACGCUUCAACGCCACGUCGUCGGCCGUCUCGGAGGCCGCCUUCGCCAACGCCGCGUCGGGCGCCGUCCACGCGGUGCCGCGGACCGAGCCUGUGGUGUCCGCCGAGUGGCUGCACGCCAACCUCAGGGACCGUUCUGAGGGCACUUGCCGUUCUGAGUGGCUGCGACCCCUCUCUUUCGAAUUCCAUGUUUCUAUAUAGGUUGUUUCUGUCGCUGAUGCGUGUGAGGUUUGUCUGUCGCAGCUGCUCGGUGCUAAGGGCAAGAGGUUCGCCAAGAAGCGGUAUUCCGAGAAGGCGCAGAUGAAGAAGACCCUAAAAAUGCUUGAUGAGUCUUCUUCCCGGCAGAAGGUUGAUGAUGAUGUUCAGGAGGGUGCCAUUCCUUCGUAUCUGCUGGAUCGUGAUUCGACAUAGCGCGCCAAGGUUCUCAGCAACACAAUUAAGCAAAAUAGGAAGGAAAAGGCUGGCAAAUGGGAUGUUCCUUUGCCUAAGGUCAGACCUAUUGCUGAAGAAGAGAUGUUCAAAGUUAUACGCACUGGCAAGCGGAAAAGUAAAUCCUGAGGACGACAUGCAUGGGAGUCUUGGGAGUAGCAUCCCCCUCGCCGCACGGGCCUCCUCGCUGCAUGGGCCUCCUCCUUGCCGGAGUGACGCCCCUCGCCAGAGCAGCGCCGGCCAAGCCCAUCGGCCACCAGGUUGGAAGAAAAGAAGAAGAUCCAGAGAAGAUCUUAGUAAUAAGAUAGUUUUUAUUAAAGUAAAGACAUCCGAGCGGAUGACCAACCAAUAA